UUUGCUUUGCCAUUAAAAGUAACAGGUUUCAAGCAGACUUAUAUCAAUCUUACCAUGGAACAAGUCCGGACAUUUGUACGCGAGACGAUCACAGCAUUCAAUGACAAAGACACUGAUGGCAUGCUUGACCAGAUCAUACUUGAAGAGGACAAUCCACGGUUAACUCAGCUACACCAAGCUCUGUACAACUCUUGUUAUCACAGGGUGUUAGAUAUCAAAACGCGCCACCGUCAUCCUAAUUGACCAACUUGGCUUUUUUCCCCAUGUUAAGGCGUCUUUCCUUACCCACGACAGCUUCUUGGGAUUUUUCUUUCUGUCAUUACUUUUUACUUAGAUGAGCGAGGAGUCAGUACGAACUGUUGUCUUGAAAACAAUGGGAGAUGAUAACCGUCCUCUGAGGGAUUUGAUCACCAACUACCUUAUUUUCACAAUCGCUUCUGCUUUGGAGACGUCGUCCAUGGUGGACGUGUAUGAUUUAAUCUCGGCAUGCUACAGGUCAUUUCUGUCAUUAUAUUCGGCUGCAGAUGCACAAUGGUUAACACCAUUACUUAUGAAUCUUUCAUACUCAUUAAUCAGAUGGGCCAAUUUUGCAGAUGAAGAACAGCCAAAUGCUAAAGAGCUUAAAAUUAGUGAUGCUGCAUCUUCAAGUCAUCUCUCCAAGGCAUUACACAUCGUCAUCGGUGAUAAAUCAACCAAUCAAAUAGAAAAUUCAAAGAGACGCGCUCUUUAUUAUUUGGCUAAUCUCACGUUCCGGGCAUAUUUCAAGCUGCGGUCAACCCGCCUCAUUCCUACUGUGAUGGCCAAUAUAUCCAAUGCUGGCGCAGCGCUCUCAGAAUACCCGAUGAGUGAACAAGUAACUUAUCGUUAUUAUGUGGGACGCUAUCAUCUAUACCAAUUGGAUCUGAGGCGUGCAGAGUCGGAUCUAGCGUUUGCAUUUAGAAAUUGUCCAGAUCUGAGUCAUGAUGAUGAGGACAACAAUGAUGGCAAUAUGAUAGCAUUCAAGAACGGCCGACUGAUCCUGAUCUACUUGACAGCCUGUCGACUUUGUUUGGGUCGCAUGCCUUCAGUACAACUCCUGCAGGAAUAUGGUCUCGAUACUUAUUUCGAGCCCUUAAAGAAGGCUAUCAAAUUAGGAGAUUUGAGCCUUUUGGAUCAGAAGCUCAUGUCGCCGGAACUGAUGAGCUGGUUUGUGGAAAAGGAAUUGUUUUUCUUAUUGAAGGAGAAACUUCAGGUCCUUUGCUGGCGAUCCCUGAUUCGCAAGACAUGCCUAGUAUCACGAAAGCCGACAGACCCUCCACAGAUGCGAGUUCAAUUGUAUGCAUUGUUGACUAUUGUUCGUGCGUUGACUCAGGAUGACUCGUAUGAUAUUUACGAUGUCGAGUGCAUCACGGCCUCUUUACUGGAUCAAGGAUAUAUUAAAGGCUAUAUUCAUUCACGAAAGAAAAUCCUCGUUCUUGGCAAGACCAAUCCAUUCCCUAUAGUUUACUCUGUUGGAGUCAUUCAAGAAGUUGCUUCAUAAGUCGAUUUUUUUUAAAAUCCUUUUGCUUCACGAAUCGUCUCAAUAACCUCUGUAUAAAAUACAAAAACGCAG